AUGCAGGCCCACAGGUUUGCGGGUGUGUGCCGCGCAGCAGCGCCACACCCAUUUCUACGCCCGCUGCACGCGCUGAUUUCCGUGCUGGCGAGUGCAGAGAGCAGCUCGCCCGAGUAUGUAUGGGGCUUGUAUAAUGAGGUGCUUCAUGAUCGCCCCCAUGCACUGAGUGACGGCUCGAUUCGUGUACCGUGUGCCUUGGACGCACAGCACCACCGCCAGGUCCUCCAUGCGCUUGUUCCCCACGCAGACGAGUACACAGCUUACAUAAAAAGUCGCGCACAGCUGCGAAAUGCGCGUGCGAAACUGCGCGGGGGCGCUGCACAUGUAGCAGGUACGCCAGUGGACUUUUCAACGCCACAGGAGCUGGCGCCUCCGCCGCUGUGUGCGCCGCUGACCGACGCAGACGCCGCGGCCUAUCUUUGCCGUGUGCGCUUGCUCCUAUCCAACAUGCAGGCCAGCGCGGACGGCAGUGUAGUCAUGAGCGACUACAAUCAUGCACUCUACAUUCUCGCGCAUGGCGGCCACUUUGGCGAAAUGCGCGUUUUGUGGGACGACGCGCGUGCAUCCAAUCUGGCUCCAGAUCGGCACACGUACCACUGCAUGAUGCAAGGCCUGUUUCGUAGCUUUGAGCACGAGCGCGAGCGACUGAAAGCAUCGCAUGGCCACGCACUUCUUCCUUCAAAGCACGCGCGGCUCAUUGCACGAAAAACGGCACAGGAGGGAAACGCAGAAAAAGCAGUGCACCACGCAGCGGAGCAUACCGCGCGCAAUGCCUCCAUGUUGAUCCAGGAUAUGCAAGAGCGCGGGGUCAGACCCACUGUGCUUACACUCGACCUUGCCGCGCGGAUUUUGCGCAUAUCUGGUCAGUUGCCUGCUCUGCUCGCGCUCUUGCGCACGGGAUUCGGCGUGGAUAUCGCAAAUCCAGGCGCGGAUUCUGGCGCGCCUGCACCGUCGUGUGCGCCGUCUACUGAUACGCUUAACACCGCACUUAUGGCACUGGGCGAGCACGCGAGUGUAUCGGAUAUGGCCGUCGCGUACGAGACAAUGACGGCGCCCAUGGACGUGCAUACAGCGGACAAGAGUCCAGCGCCCGCAAACGCUGCACGGCGCGCCGUCCAGCCAAACACAAAAACAUUUUCUUUGCUAUUGAAACACGCGUGCUCUGUGCCCGAUACCCUUUUUCUGUCAGCGGCACUCGUCCCUCAGCGGCGCUCGUUUCUCUCGCGCUUUUCCCUGGCCCAAGACACGGUUGGUUUUUGUACACAGCAGGAACGCAUCACGGAGAUUGCGCAGCGCCAACGUGGCUUUUACCAAGGCCUUGCGCGCUACUUUUUGGACGAGUGUCUUGCGCGCUACACAGCGCAAGUGACAAAAAUGUGCACGGCGCUAGGUGUAGCGCCGCCGGAAGCGCUGCACAUGGAUGAUACACGGAGCACAGCUGCUGUAGAAGCCGCGUACAAGCAAUGGAAAGCACAAGGCGCCACUGGACGGCUGCGUGUGCCGGAAGCGCUCGCAAGCGACGCGCAAGGCGUCCCUGUCUUUGUGCCGCCGAGCGUGCGAGUGCCGAGCGAGGCUGUGUACCCUUUGGUGUCGCUCGCAUCGCGCCGUCGCUCUAUCACGCUCUUGCGCUGGGCCAAGUCCCGUCUAGACCGCGUCUAUUUGGUAAAGGCUGCCGAGGUGGAAAUUUUGUCCAUGCGUGCAGAACAUCUGGCAGACUGUGCUGAGGCGCAGUCACUGCGCGCCUCGCUUCUUGCACAUCUUGCACGCGCACACCACGAUUUAGACGCAUUGAUGUGGUUGCGCUUUACGCGCAUUCCCGCGCGUCUUUCCGUACUUGCUUCCUUAUCGAAGGACCGCAAUGAGCGCAAGGCCGCGACAAAAUUGGCGCGCGCGCAGCAAAAGGUGGAGCGCCGUCGUUUUAAAAAGCAAGUAGCCAUAGAGGCAGACGCAGUACUUGCCGUCUAA